CAAAGUCUCGCGAGAGUAGCGGAAGCGAAGGGAUAGGUCGCUGAGACGAGAGUACAAGUUUCGGGGUCUCGGGGCUGAAGGGUCCGCCGGCGCCAUUGCGGGGAAGGCCGCUGAAGGGAAGGCAACGCGGGUUUAGGGCUCCUGGGCGCUUUAUCCUUCUGAGAUGGCGGCGGCGGAGGAGGAGGAGAAGGCGGCCACGGCGGCGGCGGCGGCGGCGGCGGCGGCGGAGGACCCCUCCCCGAAAGAGGAAAGGGAGCUGGAGGACGGAGAGAUCAGCGACGACGACAACUCCACCAGCGACAGCAACAGCCAUCCUGAUGCGAAGGACGGGCUUCUGGAGCGCAGCAGCCGAGAUGGGCGAGGGAGAGGCGGCUAUGCCAGGCGGAGGCCUCCUCCAGACCUGCGGCGGACGCUGCUCCUCUCCUCCCGCCGCUUCGCCCACUUGCGCCACCAGCCUCCCCCGGAGCUCGGGCACCUCCACGGCCGCGGCGGGCUCUACCGGCUCAAGGAGGCCGCUUUCCGCUGCCACCCGCUGCCGCCUCUUCCCCCGCUGCCACCGCCUCCUCCUCCUCCUCCGCCCCGGCUCUCCUUCUGGGAGCGCAGCCACAACGCCCUGGACCGGUUCCGCUUCCGAGGAAGGGGCUACCGCGGCGGGGGGCGCUGGGGAAGGGGCCGCUGGCACAACCUUCCCGGGAGGCCUCCCGGAGGAGGAGGAGGCGGGUAUGGAGGCGGCAUCCAGAGCUGGAGGGAGCCCUCGCCUCGGAAGUCCAAAUUUGGAAAAUCCCUCUCCCGAAAGCAGAACUACUCAUCUAAAAACGAUAACUCUGUUGAAGAGACUUUUGAGGAUCUGUUGUUGAAAUAUAAGCAGAUUCAACUAGAACUUGAAUAUAUUAAUAAAGAUGAGAAACUGGCUCUAAAUAAUAAAGAAGAAACUGUUCAGCAAAGCACUGAUGAAACAGCCAUUCCAGAGGACCAAAUAAUGGUAGAAGAUAUCAGUAUUACAAAGGAUGCUGUAAAUGAAGGGUCUUCUGAAGAGAAGAGUAAAGUAGUAACCUUUCAAGCAUUUGAACUGAAGCCUCUCAGGCAAAAACUGCCAACACUAGCUGAGAGGAGCAAAGUGAAAAAGGUGAAAGAUGGAGUGAAACAACAGUCACAAAAAUCUGAAUUAUUGGAUGCAAAUCAAGUAGAAGAAAAAGAAGAAGGAGAACAGAAGCUUAGCCCUUCAGAUGCUGCAGCAGAAAAGAAACUGCUUGAUGAAGAGGAGGAGGUGUCAGAGUUGCAGCUAAGAUUAUUAGCUCUUCAGUCUGCCAGUAAAAAGUGGCAGCAGAAAGAGCAGCAAGUGAUGAAAGAAAGCAAGGAAAAAUUAACAAAGACAAAAACUGUACAGCAAAAAGUCAAAAUUAGUACAAAAUCCCAUUCGGCCAAAAAACCAAGCACUGCAGCUAAGCAAGCAUUGAGGAAACAACAAACAAAACUGUGGAAAAAAAUGCAGCAGCAAAAGGAACAAGAAAGGCGCCAGAAGGAAGAGGAGCAACGGAAGCAAGAGGAAGAAGAGGAAAGGAGGAAAAGAGAAGAGGAAAUCAGGAAAAUCCGUGAUCUUUCAAAUCAAGAGGAGCAGUAUAAUAGGUUCAUGAAGCUCGUCGGUGGAAAGAUAAGAUCAAGAAGCAAGUCUUCAGAUAAAGAUUUGAGGCGGUCAUUAGAUAAGCAAUCUAACGAGAGUGCAGGCGGAAUCUACCAGUAUGACAACUAUGAUGAAGUUGCCAUGGACACAGAAAGUGAAACAAAUUCUCCUGCAUCUUCUCCAGUUCAGCCAUCAUACUUUGAAUGCCCUGUUGGAUACUUUCCUCCUGCUUUCCCACAAAUCUCUCUGUCUCUUACAUCACAGGUUUCAACUCUGCCACCAAUUAGCCAGUUGUAUAUGGAAGACAUUUCUAGUGUUUCUCCAGAGCCUUUGCCACCCCUUCCUCCUCUUCCACCCGAAGAACCUGAACAGCCACCAAAGCCUCCAUUUGCAGAUGAAGAAGAGGAAGAAGAAAUGCUACUAAGAGAAGAGCUCCUAAAAUCUCUUGCAAACAAGAGAUCUUUCAAACCAGAGGAGAAUUCAAGUAACAGUGGUCCACCAUCACCACCAUUUCCCAAUAAUUCUAAAUCUCUGUCAAGAAGCAAUCUUUCAGCAGUCAGUAUUAAUACAGUGUGUCAACCUCGUGUAAAGAACACCAAGAUUAUUAGAAUACCAAGACCUCCCCGAACAGUGAUCACGCUUCCAAAGCACAAAUCUGUUGUGGUUACACUGAAUGACUCAGAUGACAGUGAGUCAGAUACAGAGCAACCUAACUGUACCACGAGUGUAUUCGGUGGCCUAGAGUCAAUGAUCAAAGAAGCUAGAAGAACUGUGGAGGCAUCAAAACCUAAAGGACCUUUACAGUCAGAAAAAGAAAAUAACCCUGUGAAAACUCUUGAGGCCUUACCAGAAGAUAAAAAGAUAGAAUAUAGACUCUUGAAAGAAGAGAUUGCCAGCCGGGAGAAACAGCGUUUGAUAAUAUCGGAACCCUUGAAGGCAAGUUCAUCACCAGGGAAUUCAGACGCUGAACUUGAUGGAAUUGGUAGGAUAGCAAUAGUCACAAAGCAAGUUACAGAUGCAGAAGCAAAACUCAAAAAACACAAACUUCUUUUGAUGAAGGAUGAGUCUGUGCUGAAACAUCUCCUGCAGCAAGAGGCAAAGAAGAAAGAGUCUGUUCGUCUUGCUGAAUGCAAGAUUGCUAAACUUAAUGAACAGCUGCAAGCAACAGAAAAAAUAUUAAAUGCUAAUAAGAUGUUUUUGAAGAAGCUUCAAGAACAAAUCCACAGAGUACAGCAACGAGUUACAGCAAAGAAAGCGCUGGCAUUAAAAUACGGAGAAGAGCUUGCUCGAGCAAAAGCAUUGGCUAGUAAAGAAAUUGGAAAACGAAAACUUGAACAGAGUCAUUUGGGGCCAAACAAAAUAUUGAAAUUGGAUCCAUUAUCAAGCCCUAAGAAUUCAGCAGAGCUGAUUGCAAUGGAGAAAAGAAGACUACAACAACUGCAGUAUGAAUAUGCUCUAAAAAUUCAGCAACUAAAGGAGGCCCAAGCACAUCAGACUAAGGACCGAUUAAAUAUUAUCCCUGUUAUGGAAGAAGAACCUGAAUUUGCACUUCCUCAACCUUCCCUUCAUGAUCUAACCCAAGACAAACUGACCUUGGACACUGAGGAGAAUUAUUUUGAUGACGAAGUUUUGUCCAACACCAGUAGAGAGCGAAGGAGGUCUUUCAAAGAAUCAAAUUCAUUUACUAAACCAAAUCUUAAGCACAUAGAUACCCCCAAACAGGAAACUACAAACAAACUUUCUAAAAAGGCACUAGAGGAACCAGAACUCUUUCUGGGUCUGAAUAUUGAUGAAUUGAAAAAAUUGUAUGUGAAAGCUGAUGGCUUGGAAGUUGUCUUGAAAAAAAAUACAACACUUAUGAUCUCUAAUGAAGAAAAUUUAUGUGGGAAGGAAAUAACCAUAGACGUAGACCCUUUCACCACUCCAAAUAAACAAACAGAGGGAAAGCCAUAUCCAUUUAGACCAUAUCAUAGCCCUCUUCUUGUUUUUAAAUCUUACAGGUUUAGUCCUUAUUUUCGAACAAAAGAAAAACUUUACCUCAGUUCAGUAUCCUACAGCAAUAUGAUUGAGCCCAAACAGUGUUUCUGCCGUUUUGAUCUAACAGGCACAUGCAAUGAUGAUGAUUGCCAGUGGCAGCACAUGAAGGACUGCACUCUCAGUCGAAGUCAGCUCUUUGAGGAUGUUCUUUCAUACAAUUUAUCAUUGAUAGGCUGUUCAGAAAAAAAUACCGAUGAAGAGAUAAGCAGUGCAGCAGAAAAAUAUGUUGAGAAACUUUUUGGAGUGAACAGAGAUCGCAUGGCAAUGGAUCAGAUGGCUGUACUUCUUGUUAGCAAAGUCAAUGAGAGCAAAAGUCACACCCCUCCAUAUACAACUUGGAAAGACAAAAGGAAAUGGAGACCUAAAUACUGCAAAAAGGCUUCUUUGGACAGUGAUACAAGUGGUGAAGAGGAACAGUUUACUAGCUCUAUUAAAUAUGCCCCCACACUAGAGAACAAAGUAAAUAUUCCUGCUCUGGAUGCUGUUGUGACUCCUGAUGAUGUUCGUUAUUUUACAAAUGAGACUGAUGACAUUUCAAACCUGGAGGCAAGCGUACUUGAGAACCCUUUUAAUGUUCAGCUUUGGAUUAAAUUGGCCUAUAAAUACCUGAAUCAAAAUGAAGGAUCAUCCUCAGAAUGCUUGGAUUCUGCUUUAAAUGUUUUGGCCCGAGCAUUAGAAAAUAACAAGGAAAAUUCUGAAAUCUGGUGUCACUACCUCAAGCUGUUUUCAAAGAGGGGAACAAAGGAAGAAGUGCAAGAAAUGUGUGAGACAGCAGUGGAAUACGCCCCAACUUACAAGAUCUGGUGGACAUUUCUAAAUCUGGAGAGCUCAUUUGAUGGGAAGGAUUAUGUAUGUGGGAGAAUGCUGCAGUUCCUCACAGAAACUUCAGCGUCUGAAGAAAAUUUGGAUCUUCGCUCUUUUCACUUGCUGGAAGUAUUGCUAUAUAGAAUUCACCUAAGCCUCUUCACUGGAAAGUAUCAAAAUGCUGUUGCCUUAUUCCAGAAUGCUCUGAAGUCAGAAAGUGGUACGGUUCUAGUGGAAUAUCUCACCAUAAGUGAUCGCUGCUUAGCUUGGCUCUCCUACAUACAUUUGAUUGAAUUUGGUGAGCUUCCAGUCAAGUUCUAUGAUCCUGCCAAUAGCAACCCUUCAAAAAUAAUGAAAAAGGAGCCAUUUUAUAUACCUUGGAAAACAGUGGAAGAUGUGAAGGCUAAUCCUGAUACCUUGUUAGCAGUGUUUGAAGAUGCCAUCCAGUCAUGCACUGGUGAGGAUAAGGAUAAUUCAGCUAAUAAAAACAUAGUUCUCUGUCUUCCAUUGUACAAAAACAUGAUAGCGUUGCAGAAGCUGCUGGAAAGGUGGGAAGCUGCUAUUGAACUUUGUAAAUCACUUGUGAAAUUAAGUCCUGUUGACUGCCCACUUUUGGAAACUCUGGUUGGUUUAUAUUUGAGGACGGACCAGAUGGAAAGAGCUUGUGAUGUGUGGCUUACAGCAUUUGAGAAAAACCCACAAAAUGCCCAGGUUUUCUACUUUAUGUGCAAAUUCUUCAUAAUGCAGAAUAGAGCAGAUAGUAUACCUCCACUGUUGCAAGCCUUUGUUGCAGCAUUCUUUGAGUGCGUACCUCAAGAGAGUAAUCCUGUGGAUCUGUUACGAUAUUUUUUGAAUUUUCCAAUGCCAAUUGAAUUUACACCACCUUUGUAUAAGGGAAGUUUUACAGAGGAGGCUUUAAACCAGCAAAUUCCUUACUUGUGGCAAAUAUACUGCUUAUACCAAUCUCUUCAUGGAACUUGUGGAGAAGCAACUGAUGCUUAUGAGGCAGCUUUGGGAGCAGUUAUGCAAGAGGAAAUAGUUCAGCAAAUUUGGAUAGAUUACCUUGUUUUCUUCAAUGGCAAAGUUGUUGGAUCGAGCAAUCAAGUUCAAGAAUUCAAGCUUUUUACUGAUCUUGUAAACAGAUGCCUUGUUACUGUGCCCACACGAUACCCUAUUCCAUUUAGCACAGCUGAUUACUGGACCAACUAUGAGUUUCAUAAUAAGGUGAUUUCCUUUUAUCUGAGUUGUAUUCCAAAAUCUCAGCAUUCCAAAGUCUUAGAACGAUUGUCCUGUACCAUGCCUGCUAAUCCUGGACUUGCAUUCAGGCUGCUACAACAAUAUUGGGAGGAGAGCAAUGUCCAGAUUCUGAAGCUUCAAGCCAAGAUGUUUACAUAUAAUAUCCCAACAUGCCUGGACAUCUGGAAAAUAGCCAUUGCUGCCGAGUGCUUUCUAAAGGGACAGAGAGAGGUCCAUCACUUAUAUCAGAGAGCCUUUCAGAAGUUACCACUUUGUGCAACCCUGUGGAAAGAUCAGCUCCUGUUUGAAGCAUCAGGAGGAGGUAAAACUGAUAACCUGAGAAAACUAGUUUCCAAGUGUCAAGAGGUUGGAGUCAGCCUAGAUGAGCUUUUAAAUUUAAACACUUACAGAACAGAAUGCACGAAACGUUGAACACUGGGUGCAGUCAGUGCUAAGUCCUAUUAAAUGCCAAAAUAAUUUCAGUGAUUCUUCAGGCUGAUCUCUGGCUUUAGGCCUGUGUAAAGCAGAUGAGCAAUUCUGAGCAUAUCAAGUCUCUGGUCUGCUUUCCUUCAACCUGGAAACAAUUAACUUGGCUGCCUCCUUGGAUAAACGAAUUCCCUGUAUGGCCUGCUUCUGGGCCCUGCCAGACUCUCAUAACAUCAUGUACGUAAGUAUAGUUCACCUCAAUGACAAGACUUAACGUGUUAAAUUCUUUUUUUUUUUUAAUUUUAUUUUCAAUAUUUCAUUUUCUUUCUUUUGUACUGUUCCCUGAUUUCACUUGACGCUCGACUGAUGCCUGAGAGAUCUGUGUUCGGGGCUAAUGACAGGGGUUUGUGUUUACAUUAAAAAGAGUCCACUUUGUCCUCCCCUUCCCCUUUCCAAAUCCCCUUUUGUUUCAUUUUGAAGAUUAGUUUUCAUUGCAGGAUUUAGAACAAAAGCAGCCGCUCUUAAGGAAAGUAACUGCCAUGGUCACAAGUAUGCUUUUUGCACUUCAAAACUUUGAGGGUGGUUUAAUGCCCUUGCUGCAUUCUGGACUUGUGGCAGAGACUUAAACUUGAAGAUUAAAUUUACUUUUGCAAAUGCCAGUGCAUCAGAACCUAAAGAGUGGUCAAUUUAUUAUGUGCAAUUUUUGUAAAGAAAUUUUAAUUUAUAAUAAAAGUUUAACAGUUAAUAUUGAACUGAUUUGUAUUAAGAUACUACUCUGUAGUAUUGACAUUGUUUAUAUAAAGAUAUUUUGAAUAUACAUUUUUAAAAAAACUGCUGUCUCUGU